GUUAAAAAACGCUUCUUACUAGAGUUGCUGCAUUUAGAGCGUUUAUUAGAUGUAGAUAUAUUAUUCCGUUCGGAAUGCCUUUGCGUUCUUUGAUAUCAAAUGAGAACAUUUCAUCAUGGCGGUAGUUCGAGCUGGGUUUGCUGCAGUGUGUGUCGGCAUUCUUGUAUACGGAAUUCUGGAUAUGCUGACUAAUUUUGAAGAAAACCAAUGUGAAAUGACGUACAUGUUCGAAAUGCCAGAAUAUGUGAACAUUCCUUUGGGAGAUGAAGUGAAGAAGACAUAUCCCAGAUAUGGACUGUAUGUGUAUGGGGAGGGGGAUUAUGCCAGAUAUGUAAGUAACAUGAAUCUUCAAGGGGUACCUGUUCUGUUCAUCCCUGGUAAUGCUGGAAGUCACAAGCAAGCCCGAUCCCUUGCAUCAGUGGCAUUAAGACGUGUUGAAGAAAAAAAACCAAACUUCCAUUUCAAUUACUUCACAGUGGAUUUAAAUGAGGAGAUGAUGGGUCUGUAUGGUGGGACCUUACAAGACCAGACAGAAUUUGUGCACCUGUGCAUGACAAAGAUCUUGACACUGUAUGGAGAAGCUCCAAUGCCUCCUUCCUCUGUAGUAUUAGUGGGACACUCCAUGGGUGGAAUAAUUGCCCGAGCACUAUUCACACUUCCUGAUUUUGACCCCAGUCUGGUUUCCGUCAUUAUCACACAGGCUACCCCACACCAGGGUCCUGUUAUUCCAUUCGACAAGACGCUGUCCACAUUUAUAACAACUGUAAACAACUAUUGGGUGGAGCAUGGUAACAGUAGCCUUAGUCAUGUGACCAUUGUUUCUACUGGUGGAGGUCACCGCGAUGUCCUAGUCAGGAACAGUUUCACCUCACUUAAAGGGAUUGUUGACGAGUCCAGUGGAGUUUACACAUCAACCAUGUCUGUUCCUAAUGCUUGGGUAUCUACUGACCACCUGUGUGCUGUGUGGUGCCGACAGAUGAUUCUGGCUACCACACGGGUUUUGUUUGAUAUCACUGACCCCAUUACAUCCCAAAUUAGCACUGACAAAACCUUGAGGAUGAAUGUGUUCCGACAUCACUUCCUGUCACAUUCUGGACCCUUAGCAUAUACCAAGUCAUUUGAAAAGGAGAUAACCCUUGACCCUGCCAUAGUGUGGGUGGAGAAAUCAGAAAAGCUGUGGGAGUACGCCAGGGCUAAGGUGCCUAGGACACGUUACCUAGCUGUUCCUAUCCCUAGGGAAGGUGUUGACUCUCUGGUGGCCAUCAGUGAUGUGCUAUCCAAUGAUUGGAUCUGUGCUUGUAAACUGAAGGAAGGAGAUAAACAAUGCAAAAAGUGUACAAACCUGUCUGAUAGAGGAAAACUCAUCCCUCCAAGGAACUCUGGGAGAAAGGUAGUCCAUCUGGAGUUAUCAGAGCUGACUGACAUGACACAUGUCAUCUUGAUUGUUCCACAAUCCUUUGACAAAGCAGAGGUGAUGGUUGAUCUGUAUAACCAGGGCGAGCGCCAUCUUGCCUACCGUAUGCCUGGCUUUAUAGAUAUUAUGAUGACGUAUCCUGAAAGCAUCACCAAGAGUGCCAGUACCCUGACCCUCUACAACGACACCCUGUUUUACAGUCUGAAGUUACAGGGAAUAGACACACUACUGAAGGCCUAUAGGGUCUAUCUCAGGCCCAAAUACUGUGUCAAGCAAAGCAAUCCAGAUCUGCAUGCAGGUAGUGUGAUGAUGUUUCAUGUCCCUUGGAGUAAUGAAGACACAUACUCAUCUAACAGAAAUGAUGAGGUGGGUACUUUGGCCCUUAAGCUACAAAGUGGCAUACCUGUGGCUGAGAAUGAUGGGGACCUGGAGCUGCGUGUCUACACAGAUCCAUCCUGUACCUACCGGCUGGACUUUGUGGCUGCUCCCUCUGACAUGCUGGGUCAGCUGGUGAGAUUCUAUGGCCCUCUACUUCCUGCUUACAUGGUGGCUGUGCUACUACUGGGUCUUAUACAACAGCUCUUCAUCAUUACUAGGGAUGGAAGUUGCCCGAGUAUUCUGGAUGCCAUAGCUGCCAAUGCUCAGCCAUUCAAACUAAUCCCAGUGGUGAUGUUGUUGCUGGGUCUCCUUCAACACCCAAGUGUACAACCAGUCAGUAGAGUGAUGGGCCUACCAGAGUUGGAUGUUGUGUUCCUUGAUAGUCAGGGUAUAAACCUACGCUUCCUGCCCUUACUCCUUUUCUUCAUCUCUCAGGGUCUUGUUAACUUUGAGUGCUAUUUUGUCUCCAAGGUGUUCACCAUCAUCAGCACCUUGACCGGUCUCCUGUUAUCCAGAUUUUUAGGAAAUAUUGGGACUUUAUGGAGGAAAUUAGAGAUUUUCCUUGUGGGCUUUGCCAUAGUAAGCUCGAUCCUCAUCUGUAGUUCACUUGGUAUCCUGAUAAUGUAUUUUAUGAUAUUUAUAAAGCUUCUCACAUUGAAAUACCAGUCAAGUGAGUCGGCGGCCGAGGUCAGCAGAUUCCACUUCUUUUUCUCUGUAUACCUAUUAUGGCUGUGGAUGAUGAUCAUUAAUAUACCAGUUUUAAUCACUUGGGCCAAAAACCUCAAAUAUUCUAUUUUACUGUAUGGUGAUGAUAACCUUGUACCAGCAACAUUGGGGGUGACAGCCUUAGGAACAAUCCUCCUUCUGGAUAACCCCCUCCCUCCAAGAAUAAACUACAGAGCUUGGUACUUUGGUAUCUAUGGCGGUGCUGUGGUGAUGCUACUGUACAGUACUGUGUCGUUGUUCCGUGUACCCUACAUCAUCGUGUUUACACUGUCCCUCAUCGCCACCUGUCAAGCCAUUCUGUAGGAUAAGCCCACCCAAACAAACCAGUCCCAACAACAUCAACCAAUAAACAGCCUUGUUACAAAUGUAUUUUGACCACAACCUGCUAUAGUGCUGACCAUGGACAAGUUGUUUUUUUAAGAUUUUAUAUCAGGAUCACUUGAAAACAGUGAAUGAUUUUCAAGGAUUAUAUAGUAAGAUAAAAAAUCUAGCAAAUUAUGUUUAUACUUACAUGUUUAAUAUAUUCUGUUACCAAAUAAAGAACCAUGUCCUGU